AUGUUUUCCUCUCGGAGGACCUGUCUCUCCAGCUUGACGAUUCCCUUUGAGAUAAUGGGAGAAGACUUUUCUCAAGCGGCCGAUCUGCUUGUGCAGACAAGCAUAGAGUUUCUGGCCAUAGAUAUUUCGUACUGUGGACUUUUAGCAGAUUGUUUCAGUCCUCAACCGGGCUCGGGUGUUCCGAUGAAAACCUUCGAAAAUCUACGGGCCCUAGCGAUCUACUAUUCAGAGAAUGAUGAAGAUUUUGAUGAGCUUUAUGAACGCUGA